GAAAAUCUGAGCAAAAACCAAACAGCUGAUUUCAACUGCAGCUAAAAUCCUGCUCAGGUGUUUUUAGUCUCGUUACCAAACAAAAUGGAGGACGUCACCUCAGGAUGCUCGUUUGGACACAUGGACGAUGGACGACAUGGUGGAGACAGAAGCACGGCAGAUGUUCCAGAAGACACAGGUCUGCUGUGGAUGAACUGCUCUCCGUCAAUCGACAGCUGAGAUGGGUGUUGGUGUGGCGGACGUCGCUUUGCUCCUCGCUAUGAUGCAAGGCGUCUUCAGUCAAACCUGGAAUCUGAAGCUGCCUCAGAGAAUCGUGAGCAUCACUAACUCCUGUGUCACGGUCCCAUGUCACUUUGAUAUCCCCAACAACCAGGAAGCAAACUUCGCGAACUGCUCCGGCCGCGCUGUCUGGAGGCGAGGAAGUAUUUUAAAUCCAAAGACCGCACAGGGAAAAAUAAUCGGCGACUUAACAAAGAAGAACUGCACCACGAUGAUGAGCAGCUUCCCAAACAUCCACAACGACGUCUACUCCUUCAGGCUCAAUUGUCCGAACUUAAAAUUCACUUUCCUUAAUGGAGUCAACAUCAGCAUUCAAACAGAGCCGCCUCCUCCUCAGCUCACCUUCAUGAGUCAGAUGUCAGAGGGAGGCCACGCCAAGCUGCAGUGUCAGACCCCGGUGUCCUGCUCCGUCCUGCCCCCCUCGCUCACCUGGUCCCUCCGAGACGCCUCCAGCCAGGAGGAGUCACACAUGCAGCAGAGGCCAGACGGGUCGAUGAUCAUGACGUCCACACUGACCUUCAUCGCCUCAGCCGACCAUCACAACCAGACCGUCCGCUGCUCUGUCUCCUACCCGCUGUUGAACGGGGGCAGCAGCUCGCCGGCCAUGACAAGUCAAAGACUCAGCAUCCUGUAUGCUCCUCGAUUCACGACGGCAACAAUCAUCCCGUCUGGUCCGGUUUUCGAGGGAGAAACCGUGUUGUUGACGUGUUCGAGUGACGCCAACCCUCCAGUGAGCCACUACAUCUGGUUCAGAACCGAACAAGGGAAGCUCAGAGCGAUUGCACGAGAACAAACUCUGGAGCUGCAGGUCAACCUGUCGCACAGCGGACCGUAUCUGUGUGAGGCUCGGUCUCCGAGAGGCUCUCAGACGAGCAGAACUGUGUUUCUGCGGGUCAGCGCCACUCAAGUAGCCGCAGACAGCAGUCCAGUUUCGAUGAUGCCCUACAUCAUAAGUGGAGUGUUGUCCGUCCUCUACAUCCUGAUGGUCUUUGUCAAUUUGUACAAGUGCCACAGUCUCUCCAGGAGGCUGAAGAAGAUUGAGCUGAAGGGAGAUCCGAUCUACACUGAUCUGAAGACCAUCCAUGUCAACUCUGACUACGACCAACUCCAGCUGAAACCAAAGCCUCCUCCUGAAGAUCCCGAGUAUGAGAACAGCUUCUCCAUGCAAGUCCCAGUCAGAGAUCAGCCGCAGCCCAACGGACACUGAAAGAACGAGUUCACGCUUUUAUCAACUUGUUUUUAAACAUACGUGUUUUUAAACAUACGUGUUUGUUAAGUAGCCUCAGAUUUACAUCGGUUUUGUUUUAAAUACUUCAGCUCUAUAGUUUUCAGAAUUUCUUUGCACACAUUCAUGAUGUUUGAAAAAAAGCACACUGAGAAUAAUGUUUUAUUCAUUUACUAUCUUCUCUGUAUAUUUGAAGAUGGUGUGACAUCAUAUGAUAUUUUUGAAAACAGAAGGAGAUCUUUUCAGGAAACACAGGAAAUAUCUGUUUAAAACCAUAUUUACGCUCAUGUAGACGAGGCCUAAAAAAACAAUUACAACUUUAGUGGACUGAGUUCUUAAUAUCUUCCAAUCCUAACUUUCAUUUGCCAUAUGUUCCACAAAUGAAAGUGAAAACACAAAAGCUGAGAUUGCAGGUUGUUUUAUCUGUGACACCAUGUCGGGGAAUUUACCAAGUGACGGUUAAUGGAACUUUUUUUUCAAAGCCACUGUUAUUUAAUGGUGUCAACCAAUCAGCAGACAGUAAUCUCAUCAGCAGAUUGUUCUGACCUAAAUGUGCAACUUAUAAAAAGAAAAGGUCUCGAUUAAGCAACCUGCGGAGUCAUAAGAUGAUUAAUAUGGAGCCGCCUGGAGAUUCAAAUAAGUUGAAUUGAAGCCAUGAAUUGAAAUAUUAAAUAUUAAAGCCCCAUCAGAGGCUACAGUUAAACAUCGAUGCCACAUUAUUAAAACAAAAGGUUUGUAUUCAUGCUCAGACUUCCUCUAACAGAUGCUUUUGUUUGGUAAAUCUGUAGUAGAGUGUAAAGUAAAAGUACCACAGAUGCUCUAAGGCGUUUCACUCACGCUUGUUUUUACACUCGACUAUUUUUAGCGAUCAAAUCCCGGCGGUUGCCUGGUUUGUUUCCAACCAUCAGACGAAAACUGCCGCUAAUUUAACCAAUCACAUUAGGCAGGAAUGUGGCGCAGCAGCCAGACAACAGCUCAGCUCCCUAUAGACGAACAGUGAGCCGUGAAAUCAAAGCAGGAAUUGAAGUAACUGACGUGUGACUGUUUCCUGAGGAAUUUCUUUUGGAUGUGGGAGUUUGUCAGAGACUCCGACACCUCUCUGAUCUCAUGCUGACGGUUGUCUGGGGAGGUUUACAUCAUCACGUGCAGAGAGUUAUGCCAUGCAGUCGUCGUUUCUUCCAAACCAAAGCAGAUGUAUUUUAUCUUCAAGCCUCAGAAGUUUGUAAAUGUGGCUCAUUUGUUUUAUGUUUUCCUGUCUCUGCUGGAAUUAUCUGUUCUUGGCCCCACGGCUGAACCAGAUUGCUCCUAGCAACAAGCUUCUCAUGACCUUCUCAUGACCUUCUCAUGGCCUUCCCUAAACUGUACUGGUGCCAAUGUAAUCACUGGAAAUCCAGAAGCAGGGAUUUUUUUUAAAUAAUGAACGGAUGCAGACCUACAUUUAUUAUCCAGGAGGGAGUUAAGACAAACUACAGCAGUCACACUGGAGACCAUCUUUGGUUAGAUUUCACAAACACUGAUUACAUUUAAAGAAAACAGUUUUCUGGAUGUUUUGCUGUUGGAUUCUCUGGACACUUUCUCAGUUAGUCUAAACCCGGCUUCAUGUGUUUGUCCCAUACUUUUAUUUGAUCUGUUAGUUUUGGUUUCACGUUGUAAUUUAAGGACUAAAGAAUUUUGCCCGACAAACGUACGUCCUGUCGUCAUCACCUACGUGCUCUACCUGUACUUUGUUGUCAACGCGGCUGCUGUAUCUGCAAACUGUUUCAAAUAA